UUCUUUUUUUUUUUUUAAGGAAGGAGCGUUAGUGGACAGAAUUGACGUAGAAUAGCUGGUUAGUUGAUCUAAGAAGCCGAUUUAUUCAUAACUACUUUUUUUUUUAAUAAUACAAUAAUUUCGUUAAACGUUUUCUGAAAUUUCCAAGGCAAUCUGUUCGGUGGUCAAAUUUAGCGAGAAAGUCGCUAAUUUGGCUGCGCUAAUACUGUGGUCAAACCCAGAGCCUGACAGAGAGGAUGCCAGCAGCAGAGGAGUCAUAUGGCAUCAACAAAGUUGUGGACAACAUAUGCAGGAUUUCUCCAGAUCUGUUAGCAGAUGUGUGUCAGCACGUACUGACUUAUCUUCAAGGGCAGAAGAGAGGAGUAGAUUCAGCUGAAAUUUCUGAUAGAUUUCAGAGAGCCGAAGUGAGACUUGAUCAUGAAGCUCUGCAGGACAUGAUCAGAUUUCUCUUGCUAACAUUCCGGUCAGCUGGAAAGAGCAACAUCUCUGGGGAUGAACUUGUGUCAAAGCUGGAAGAAGGCUCUACCAAGUGGACCAAAGCUUCCCUUCAGGUCUUGCAUAAGUUGUGGAGUGAAUAUGGUGUGUCAGUCCACACUCAACAAGAGGCCCAGGCCAUGCUCAGCAUCGGUCAGUUGGUGGACAUGCAGUGGAAGCUUGGCAUGGCAGUGAGCUCAGACACCUGUCGAUCUCUCAACUCCCCAUUUGUGUGUCUGCUGCUGAAGAUUGUUGAGCCUUCAGGACAAAUCUGUCAGCGGUCUUUUGAGAUGACCAUCCCACAGUUCCAGAACUUCUACAAACAGUUCAAGGAGAUGGCAGCUGUUAUGGAGACUGUAUGAUUGUUAGCACACCUAAGUGCUUGUUACAGUUAUACCAGGUUUAUGUGCAACUAACGGAAGAAACUUUGACAUAAGUGUUUAUUUGCUGGUUGUCUCGAAACACCAACUCUCAGUUUUGUGCUUGUAUUUUUCCACAGAUUGCGUAACCUCCCACUUGAUAAUACUUUUAGGAUGUCUAGCCUUGUGUUAGCUUAGGGUUAUGCAUUAUAUAUUUAAACUGCUAAGCCAGCAAAAUCUGACUAAUAUAUGUGUUGCCAAAUGUGUGUGAUGUGAUUCAGUCUGUAAUAAAUUUCAGUUUGCCUGUGA